AUGUUGACUCGAUUCAAGCCUGCGAUAUUACAACCGCAGGUCCAAAAAAACAAUCUUGCGUCAACAUGCAGCAAAGUUUCUAGUAAUGUUCAAAAACAUAUUGAACCAGAGUAUGAUGUUGCAGAAAUUCAAGAAAAAAUGACAGAUCAAGUCAUGGAAAUAUGUGAACUCAGAAAAAAGAUCAACAGUGAGAAACUAAAGAGAAUUGCACUUGAAAAACAGAUAUCAGAAAUGAAAGAAUUCAUCGAAGAAUAUGGCUUAAAAGAUUUUGUACAAAACAAUCCAGAUUGUAUUGAAUUUCUUGAUGGAGUCAAGGAUUUAAACGAAUUUACCACACAAAUUGCCAAACUUAACAAUCAAGUUUUCGGAAAAUCCAAAAGAUUUUAUAAAGAAGGUAAUGCAAUCAAAACAAAGGAUGAUACACCUAUUAUAUUAGAACUCCUUCAUAAAGGAUUUAAGGUAAAUGAUGGACCCUUCCGUAAAUAUUCCAAUCCUUUGAAUGCAAAGUUUUUAGCUACACUCAACAAAGGAAUAUAUGCACCAGAACUAUAUGACUAUGGCGAAGAAAUGAGAGUUAUCGAAGUUGUUUCUUCAAUUAACCUUCCAGAUACUUUUAUUUCUUCUGGAAGAAAAAUUAAAAGCCAAGACGACGAUAAUGUUUUCGAACCACUCCCUGACCCUAAUCCUAUUGGUGAUGGACCUGGAACAAUUAAAUUGAGAUUUCCGUCUGGCGCCGAACAGAUUAUUAAAGUUACUAAAGAAACAACCAUCAGAGAGAUCAUUAGUCUUCUUAACUCAACAAUUGGCUUUACCAAUUAUUCACUUACAACAACAAUGUCAAAUACUUUGUUAGAUGAAGAUGUUUGUAUUAAUGAUAUUCAUUUAUACCCACGAGGAAUACUACUUGCUGUUUAUCAUUCCCAUGAAUAA